GGAGCCCCUAACGGAAUUCGAGAGGCGGGUGUCUGCUCUUAUAGGGGAAGAAUAUAUGAAUGGGCACGAUUCAACAGCUGAAAAUAUUCCACUAGAGGAGGUAAUCCAAAUGGGUAUCGAAGUGGAAGAUGAAAGCAUGAUUUCGGAAGCCCCGUCGCCUUUACGGACGCCACUUGCAGAAAAUUUCACGCUGAGGUCAGGUAAUUCGCACAUCUCAGACAGGAGAACACCAUGGGCGAACUUGAAAAGAAAGCGCAUGGAAGAAGACGGUGAUGCUCGGAAGAAAUUUUUGGAAAUAGCAGAAAAACAGGCAGAUGCACUAAAGAUGCUAGCCCAGUCGAGUGUAGAAACCGUAGAAGUCGCGAAACAACAAGCAGAUGCUUUAAAGAUCUUAGCCGAAAGCAGCUCUGCAAGUGCCCAGGCGAAUAAAAUGAUGGCGGAGGCAAUAGCCGUAUUGGGGAAUGGUUUAAGCGCUACCGCGGAAGCAUUCAACAAUCUAACGCCAAUCAUAAGCCAAAUACUCAAAGGACAUACUCGCGCUUUUUAAAUAAGUUUUUGAUCAUAUAAUUUCACAGUUUUGAUUAAAAUCACUAAUUCUUCUUUAUCGUUUGAUUUAACAACACCAAAAUUAUUGUCGUUUAGAUUGCGAUAAUCGACAUCGUAACCAAACAGCUGAUUUUGUCUUGUCGAUUUUCGUAAUGAAAUGGGUUACUGAAUAGCAAAAUCGUAAAAAUUGUGGUUAAGGAAAGAUAACAAAGCGAAUAUCGA